AGAUGUGGAAGUUCAUUGUCAUCCUAUUCAUCUCGGCCACCUUUUGUGCUUCCGCCGCUGUUGAGGUGCGUCGGACGUACGACAAGCAGUGGUAUGAGCACGCGACUUUUUAUCAGGUUUACCCCAGAUCGUUCAAAGACAACAAUGGCGAUGGCGUGGGCGACUUGCCGGGGAUUACGUCCAAAUUGGAGUACCUCCAGAGCAUCGGCAUCAAUGCCAUUUGGCUGAGUCCGUGCUUCCAGUCGCCCAUGGUGGACAAUGGCUACGACGUGUCGGACUUUAAGGCGAUCCACGAUGAGUUCGGCACAAUGGCUGAUUACGAGCAGAUGAUAAGUGUGGCAAAUGAGUUGGGCAUCAAAAUCAUGCUGGACUUUGUGCCGAAUCACUCGAGUGACAAGCACGAGUGGUUCGAAAGGUCAAUAAGGCGAGAGGCUCCGUACACGGACUUCUACGUGUGGCACGACGGGCGGCGCGACGAGGGUGGGAAUCCUGUUCCGCCCAAUAAUUGGGUGUCGGUGUUCGGCGGGCCGGCGUGGACGUGGGUGGCGGAGCGCGGGCAGUUCUAUCUCCACCAGUUCUAUCCGCAGCAGCCCGACUUGAACUACAGAAAUCCGCGGGUGUUGGAGGAGAUGAAGGAGGUGCUGAUUUUCUGGAUGGAGCGUGGAGCAGCUGGCUUUCGUCUCGAUGCCAUCAAUCACAUGUUCGAGAGUCCGGGAUUCGAGGAUGAACCACUGUCGGGUUGGGGAGAGCCUGGCACUUAUGACUACCUUGAGCAUGUUCACACCAAAGAUUUGCUGGAAACUUACGAUGUUGUCGAGCAGUUUAGGCAAGUUGUGGACAAUUACGCUGAAGAGCAUCAGACAGAGGCGAAGAUCCUCAUGACUGAGGCUUACGCAAACCUCACAUUCACCAUGAUGUUCUACCAGUCAGACCAGGGCGUUCCGCGCGCUCACAUGCCCUUCAACUUUGGCCUGAUCAAUGACGUGCAUUGGGACACUUCUGUGCGGCGGAUUAAGGAGAAGAUCGACGAGUGGCUGGACAAUAUGCCGCCAGGACACACGCCGAACUGGGUGGCCGGAAGCCAUGAUCAUUCGCGCGUCGGCAGUCGCUUGGGCGUCGAGAGAAUUGGUCUCAUGAACACCCUGGUCCUGACCUUGCCCGGCACCAGCAUCACUUACUACGGCGAGGAGAUAGGGAUGCUGGACUUCCGCGAUUUCGACUUCUGGGACAGCCGCGAUCCAAACAGGACACCAAUGCAGUGGGAUGACUCGGCAUUCGCGGGAUUCACGAGUGGAAGCAGCACCUGGCUUCCCGUUCAUCCUGGCUACGCGACGAGGAACGUGGAGCUGCAGAGCAGCCAGGAGCGCAGUCAUCUUCAGCAUUACAAGCAAUUGACGGCAUUGCGGAAGCUGGACACCUUCGCUUACGGGGAUUUUCUGUUCAAACUCCUCGGCGAGAGAGUCUUUGGCUACAUCAGAGUCCUGCCGAACAAUCCAACGUAUCUGAUGGUCUUCAACUUCCACAACCAGGAGGAGCACGUUGAUUUGUCUGUCUUUGCGUCCGUGUCUGACUCUCUGAGCGUCGUCAGCUGCCCUAUUGAGUCCAGCUACAAGCCUGGAGAUAUCGUUGGCAUUGACAAUCUCCAGCUGGGACCCUAUGACGCACUGGUACUAAAAGCAUCUGGAGGUAAUCUUCUAUCGCCGGCGAUAAGUCUGUUCGUGCUCGUACUAGGGAAAUUAUUGAUUUGACGAUAUAUAGCUGUGGAGAGUGCUCGAGCACCAUUGGUAAUAAAAUAAUCAAGUUGUACUAUCCAACAUUUCCAGAAUGAACUCUUUAAUCGUCGCGCAAUGCGAUGACACAACACUUGAGGAACAAUUGAGUGUUGGCUUUAUAAUCGCAUUGAUUGAUACCCCCAUGAAAUAAGGUGAUAAACUUGUAAUGUGCAAAGGUGAGUGACUCACAGGAGUAUUUUGUUUAGAAGAUAU